AUGUGCUCUCUGAAGAAGAGGAAAGAGAAGUCACUAUUAAAGACAUGUGUUGGCAUCUCGAGUGCUCUCAGUGCGUUCUACAGUCUAUUUCUUACCAUUUCCGCCGUCGUUCUUGAACUUUCACAUGUGCUCUCUGAAGAAGAGGAAAGAGAAGUCACUAUUAAAGACAUGAUAUUUGGUAUGUACAUGUAUGGUGUCUCUAUACUAUUCUUCUUUUACAUGUACAUUGUACUACUCUUAAAUCCACAAUGGUAUUGGGCAGUGAAUGUGUUGCAGACUUUCACCGGCUGGCACAAAGGAAUUAUUCCAUCUCGCUUGGCUGGUCCACUCACUGACCUGACUCCUGACCACCCUACUAGUCUGUUGAAAAUUGCUGAAGUUCGGAAAUCCAAUGGAAAACCUCUCGGUCUUCAAUUUCCGUUCGAGCGGUCCUAUCUUUCGAAUGGGUGUGGCUAA